AAAGGCCAAACAGCUUUCAGCAACAUCGACAGUUCCUGACGCGCCUCCAAGAAAAGAACAUGGAAAGCAAUAGCGAUGGCGAAUUGGAGGGAGCGUGGCUACGUGCCAGACUCUGACGAAGAUGAUGAAGGAGAAGAUGGCAGAAGUGGCAACCUCAACAUCGACCCUGUGGAUAGGACAACAUCCGAGAUUGGGACAGUCAAUGUGCAGACUGAGGCUGUGAAGGAAUAUGACGCACCUUCCGAUGGCGACACCAGUCCAACAAAGCAAAACAACAACGUCUCUGAUGAGCAUGACGCCUACCACCACUCUGGACCGCAUCGCGCAGAUCCGUUGUUGCGUGACGGUGCUCAAAUUAGCCACCCGAGAUUGUCGCAGACGUCCGACACCCGUUUGAAAUCAACAGCUGCGAAGCUCCAGGCUGAAAUCGAAAAAGGUCUGCAGACAGUGCAAGAUGUCCUUGGCUCGGUGGCCUCAGGUUUCGACAGUGACAAUGACAGCCCUCUUUCCUCGGUUCCCUCAUCGGUGCACGCUUCACCCAAUAAAACCCAGUCAGGACAAUCACGACCAGCCGCUCUUGCGGAGGUGGCCAUUCCUCAAAUGUCCGCUAGUGACAGAUUAUUGCUGGACCCAUCUGCUGACGCCUCACGGAGACGGUCCUUCCGACCUCGUGCUCCAAUCCAGCUGCAUCCCUAUGCAAUUGAGGAUGCCAAGUAUAGACAAACUUGGAGAGACAGGGGCUUGCACCCUAUGCGUGCUCCUGACUUGCCUUCGGAUCUGCGAGAAAGCGCAAAAGACGACUCCCAAGGCACCACUGCGGAUGAAAGCAGUCAAGUGAACCACUCCGACAGUCACGUUCCACGGUCAAGCCCCGUCCCGGAUGUAGGGUGUGGUGAUUUUGAGGAAGCUGGAAAUGAUGAAUCUCAAAACCCAAUACGUGGAACACGUCUCCGUGUAUCUCCUGUGUCCGAUUCCGAUGAUGAUCUUCCAGAUCUGUCAGAUAUCUUCAAAACGAGAACCGAGACCUCGUAUACCUCAAGACUGAAAAGACCCAAGCGUGUGCCAGUACAACAACCACAAACAGGGAUUGACGGGUUUCGCAUAUACGAGCUUCCCGACCUGGGCCAAGCUCUCAGAAAAACAUCCAAAGUCGAUGUCGCGAGUUCCACGAUUCCACCUUCCCCGCCUCGAUCUCGUGAUGGACUGUCUUCGCAGGGCGGUGGGGUGGACAACAAUCUGGGAGUAUCAACCGGAAAUAGCACACCGGUCGUGCUCCCAACUCCAGUAGUCUCCUCAGAUAAGCAGACUUCGAAGAGGACUUUCAGCAAAGCCCUCGAUUUUUCUGACUCAGAGACCGAUGCCAUCAGUAUUAGCGACGAUUCAUCUGCGCCUCGUGAAUUCGAAGAGCGUUUGAACGAUAGUUUUCAAGGCGCCCGUCAACUGCGGCGCAAGAUCAAAGGAGUUCUGCCGGCAUCUUGGUUGAAGCUGGACAUGAAGCAGCAACGAAAGGAGACUCGUCCUCCUCGAAACCAAACCCAACCUCCCGUCAAGAGGGCUCUGGAAAAAGGGAUAGCACAACACGUCUCAUCGUCCGGCCGGAUAGCAAGGGAUAGGGUUGUGGGCGUUGAGAUCACUGAUCUGGAAGCUUCGUCAGAAAGCGAAUCCACCAGUUCGGUCGAUGAUGAGAUGAAGGGAAUUGAGUACCAGGAACCAGAACUCUUCGAGGACGAUGUCGUUGAAGACAAUGCGGUCGAUGCUAUGCUCGCUCCCCAACGGAGAAGGUCGUCCUCCGGAAAAGGACAGCAGCCAUUGAAAGGUGUCUGGCCCAGGAAGAAUGCUUUCGAAGCCGACAAGACCCUCUCUGGUCGGGGGCUGUCCUUUCGCCGUCCAAAAGCAGCUGUAGCCUCUUUGUCAAAUAAUGGGGCGCGGCCGCGCAAGAAGGUCAAACGCAGGCACAGAAAGCCACAGAUGACUAUUUUGGAUGCUCCUGGUUUCAAAGACGAAGAUGUGCCACGCUUCUUGAGGAUUGCAUUGAGACGUACUGGGCAGCAAAGAUCGCCACGGAAGCAAGACCCCUCCAAGAAGGUUUUCAAGUUGGCAACAAUGAGGGACACCGAGGACGUGAAUCAGGCGGUAAGAGACUGGGGUCGUGCUCACAGACAGAUAGAUGAUUCUGUCAAACCCAACGAUAUCAGCAGCAGCAGUACCUCCUUAACGGCCAAGCCGCGCCGUUUCGACAUAAUGCCUGGGAAUACUGCCGCUCCAACACGCACUUUUCACGAGGAUAUUCACUUUUCAGACACACAACUCAAUUCCUUGAAACAAAGCACGAACACUACUCUCAAUCGCAUUCGCAACCAUCAAAGCCAAAGUCGUCCCUUGCGAGACGAAUCGAUUGUUCUCUGUACUAAUCGUCCUUCUGCGAUUCUCGACUAUUUCAAGCCUCGAGGCUCGCGUCGUAGUCAUCUCAACUCGCGGCAGCGAGUUCCAACUGUUGAGCAUAACACCCAGAACCUCGAGGGACCAGCUUUUGCGUCGUCGAACACUUUCACAGUCCAAAAGCUUGUGCCUCGGGAAGCACGACAGAGACCAAAGCGAGUUCGUCAGAUCCUCCCGCAGAAAGCAUCUACAAAACCUUCAAUUCGUGCUCUUCCAAUGUCUCGACCUCCAGGAAAGCGCGAUUUCUCUCCGUCCUCUCCGUCCUCUCCGUCCUCUCCACCACUUCCCCCGUCACGUCCUCUGAAGAAGCAACGUCCUAUCUCGCUCGGCACGCGUUACGCCAAUAAUCCCAACCAGCAUGAUGUCCUGUGCCUCCAAAGUCUGAGACUGGAAGAUGAUAACGACAUUGUUUCCUGCGUGAUUCAGAAUCCUCCGGGAUCAAGCUCCUUGUCGCAUACCCUGAUGCUGCCUAACUCUACACAUGUCCGCGUUCAUCUCAUAAACACCACAAUGUCCUCUAUGGCCGAUACCACUCGUCUAUUCCAACCACGGUCGUCCUACAACACCAUUACUACCGCCAGAUCCCAACGCACUCUCCGUGCUGCUGGUUGGUCCGCAGAAGUGGAAAGCAUCAUUCGAGAUGCUUUCAAGGAGAUCUUCGAACUCAUCUGUGGCGACGUUGCGACGCCUGGCACCACAUCAGAGGAACAAACACGUCUCUUGAACCAGGCUGCGGAUUCUGUCGAGUCCAUCAUCACUUAUGCUAAUGAGAGUCUCUCCUUCUCGAAUAACGAAGAGCUGGAAUCCUUCAUCCGGUUGACAUCGGAGUCAAUGGAAAACGUAUGGCAAGGGGUCGCUAUAAGCGAGAGCGCCACCUCCGAACUUCGAGUCUCCCAGACGUUAAGGGUUCUGAAUGCAUUCCUCAUUUUAGCAUACCAAAACGAUCAGUAUGCCACAGCCACGGGCUUUCCAGAGAGAAUUCGUGCCAAGAGCUUGAAGACCUGGCAGAAUAUUGCCAGCCUUGCUUGGGAACUUGCUUUUCGGAAGCACAACAUCGCUCAGCUGUUCGGCAACAUUGCUGCUCAGUUCGGAAGUGAUUCUCUAUGGCAUGGACAUCGGCUCAACCCCACAACGGAAAUGGAGACCAUCUUUCUAAUACACCACCUUGGUCCCCACCAACCAUGGAGCGACUACUUGGAAACAAUCUUCUCCAGCCAUGGCAAGCCAGGGAUGCUCUUAGAGUCUCAGGCUGAGUCAGUCGCUUGUGCAGUCAUGAUACUUGUCUGCAUUCUUUCCGUCGCGGGACCAGAUGGGCUCAUGACACAUACCGACUCCAACUUCACGAGCUCUCUUGGUUGCUCCCUGCUUCGUCUUCUUCCGAGCCAGGUGUCUGAAUUCCUCAAAUUUUUUGCCGAGAAGAAGGCGAGUUACAACACGCGGUCUGGAUUCAAGACACCACGGUUGAGGAAGCUGGAGCAUUUCGGUCUCGUUAUGUUUCGAUGGUGCUUCGUUCUCGUACGGAAUCUCCAAACUGACAUCGCCGACAAUCUGCUGAAACAGAUGUUCAAGUAUUACUCGGACAAGACAAACAACAUGCUUGAACUCUUUACAUCCAAGAACACGCACGGGUUGCCAUCAUUCCUCGAAUGUCUAGUUCGUGCUGAGCUUCUAAAUAUGGAGGAUACUGACACAGACUUCCACAUUUUUCUGAAGCUCACAGCCAUAACCUUGGCCGCUCAACCUCGAUCAGACUCCGAGAUUGAAGAACAUAUUCGGAAGCUGGCGCUCCGUAAACGCUCUCUUUUAUUCAUCUUGUUGCCCAACAAGGGCCGCGACACUCUUGAUGACAAUGCAGUGCUCGUCAAUGAAGACUGCCCACUUCCGGACGUUGAUCUGGCUGCAGUAUCAAACCGGUACACUCUAUUUACGACUUUGUAUCACUAUGCACCCGUCGGCUUCAAACCAGAGGUAUCGCAAAUCAGGGACUACAUCGACUUCAAUACAGCUCAUGAUGCAGUUCGCCAGGUGAUUGUACGUUGUUGGGAAAACAUUGCUAAGUCAACCCUCUCCCAGCCACUGGCUCGUGCGGACCUGCUUGAACUCGGAGAGUGGCUUCUGGCCAUGUUCAAGUCUAUGUUCAGUAAGCUUUCGCAGAUCCCAAGUGUUGACGAUGGCAUGUACGAGAACGAGAGACGCAUACACCUAGCCAAUCGAAACACGACAAUUGACCGCAUCCUACAUAUUGCAGAACGAGCUGCAACAACAAUUGACCUCUGCACCAACAAAGACCAGGUUUCAUGUCUCCUCACUCGUCAAGAAGUGGACCUCCUGACUGUUUUCUGCUACCAUGAUCGCGGCUUUGGGGAUAUUGUGGUCAGCGGGAUCUUCGACCUCCUCACAUCAUUUGUCAAGAAAGGCCUCAGCAAUGCCAAAGAUGAAAUACUUUCCUUGAGAAGAGGCAUUCGUGGUAUACUUGUGGACCAGCUCAACCGCACGGAUACCCCCCACGAUAUCUUAUUGAUGUCCCUUACCGAAACUUGGUUUGCAAUCGGAAAGCUGAUGGUGGAAGGUGGCCAUUCGCAAUGGGACCAUUUUCUGAAUGCUUGGUCUUCGAUGUCCUUCCCACAAAUUGCCGAUACCGAAAUCGGAAGGCAAUGUCAGGUGUUGCUGAUGAGCAAGAUCGCAACAAAUAGGAGCGUCGUUCUCGCUGACCCCUAUCCUUUCAUCCAUACCUGGUUGUGGUCAAUUCUAAAGCCCCAAGCGAUGAUCAAGUUCGAACACUGUUUGACGAACCAGCUCAUGGAAAGCAUACCAGAUGCCUUCGGUCUUGAUGAUCUGCGUCGAAACAUUUCAAACGGCGCGACCAGGUACUUCCUCGACCGGUCUGAUAUCAUCAAACAUCGCCUCUCAAUCGUCUAUCACAUUAUCCGCUAUGCAUACAGCGUCCAAAAUGUUGCCGAUCCAAACUCUAAUGGAAAGCUCACGAAAUAUCAAUGGGACCACCUGAUGACCAUGAUCUCAAGAGCCAUGAAGCAAACAUGGGAGCAACUGGACGGAAGAGCAAGACCAGAAUGGACCAUGUUCAUGCAGAAAGUAAUAUUCCGACUCGGCAUGUACAAAGGCCCAGGCUUCGAAAUCGACCCGUGGUUCGUUGAUCUGGAACAGAAGGGAUAUGAUGACAAGGUCUUCCAUCUUGAGCGCCUCUUUAUUCGUCUCCCAGGCGAGAAACGACCUGAUCGUUAUGACACUGAGUACAUGACCAAGGCUUUCCGUACAGCUUGCGAAAUGGCCUGGGUCAGCAACAAGGAACAGCAGUUUUUCCAGCAUCUGGUCACAAUAUUUGGCGCUAACGAUCCGAGCUACGUCGAGGUCGAUGGCAGCUUCUUGCUCGAUAUUACCGAACAAUUGGACUUCAUGAAAGCAGUCUUCCCGGCGUACAUUGAGCGAGCACUCAAAAGCAACCUGCCCACGACUCUAUUCGCUGUCCCGAUCUUGAAUGCAGCGGCACAGAUAUUAAUAGGACUGGAAAUUCGUGUUGACCUCGAAGACCAAUCGCACAUGGAAUCGUUCGCAGAGUUCGUUGUGGCUCUGAUGGGAGCAGCAGUUGCCGCAAUGCGGUACAACGGCUGCGAGCCUCUGUACGAGUACGGCUGGGAGAUCGAGACAAUCAUCCUUCUCGGCGGUCUCUGUUGGCUCGGUUGUGGCCGCUGGGCCCACCUUCAUCGACUCUUUCCCUCCUCCGGCGCCAUCCUCGCCUUACAGCCAUACGUGCAAACGUAUGCAUAUUACGCUUACGAAUGGAUCUGCUCUGCUGCGGGUCUCGAGGACGGCGCCCGGCCUUCGGACCCAGAGGUCUGGGCAAAAUACCGACGUAGUGUCGAUAGGGGGGCGGAGGACUUCGGGUUCGAGCUGCCAGAACUGGUGCUCCCAGAGCAUAUCAAUGCUCUCAAGGAUUUUGCUGCCGACGACCUCGAGUGGUCGGGCCGUGAGGAGUGGCGUUUAAGCCAACUUUCGACCUGGGGGCCCGUCUGGGUGUUGGUCCGCCCCGGAAUGGGGCAAGAGACGAAGGAGCCGCGAGAAGCGGUCCAAGACGACUUCAUGAUGAAUGAAGUCCGUGUGGUGUUGGGCGGCCUGGAGAGGGCGUUGACUCGCUUGGGGGUCAUGGAAGAGGAGUUGUGAGUGGCGUUCGCUGUGUGCUGGUGUUGUGUCUUUCCUUCUUGUUAGAGUAGAACGAUACACAAUCAAU